AUGGUACUGGUGGGGUCCUCGCGCUAUGCCAGCAUCGCCUCCGACGGCCGCCUUUGCUACAUGGUCUUCCUCUUCAACGGCCCCUCCUCCUACCACGCGGAUACCAAGGCCGACUUCGACCUCGGUUCCGACGCCUCUUCCGACGCCUACUCUAGCUCCGACCCCACCCCAGGCUUCAGCACCAACUCCAGCGUCGACUUUAUCUUCGAAUUCUGGUGCUGCUCCGACCCCAGCCCCAGAAUUCGGUUCAAGGUGCCUGCAUGCCGCGCCCGCUGGGUGGACGCCAGCAAGGUCGGGGACCCAGAGGACGCGGGCGUGGGCCCAGAGGAGCUGCGGCCCAUCCCCGAGGCCUUCCGCGAGCGCCUGGCGCGGUGCCGCCGCGCGCAUCGGAACGAGCAGCGCGACGCGUACCACGUCGCCAAGCAGCACGUCGGGGACCAGCAGUUCCUCGCUGAGCAUCACGACGGGGACCAUCACUUCCACGAUCUUGGUUCUCUGGAAGUUCUGCCCUCAGGGCUUGUGUUGAACAUGCACAAGGGCAUGCACGACUGGCAUGACAAGCAGCACGACGUCGAGAUGCGGGCCGACAAGACUGGUGGCGACGGCGAUGAGGUAGUCGCGAUUUUCGUGGGCUGCGAUGCCCGAGGCGUGAUCGGCGCCGUAGGGCUGCGGCUCGUGUACUGGUUCGUCUCGGCCGUGCUGCCGAGCUUCUUCGCCACCAUCACUCGAGCCGCCCCGAUCAGAGAUCUCGAAGUCUUGGCCGACAUGAUGACGCCCGACCCACAAUACAUGACCUCGAGGCGCUGGAGAUGGCACCAACGUUUCCUAGCCAAGAAGGAGCUGCGCGAGGAGGUCGUCGUCGUUGGCGACCCUGUGGCCAAGCAGUUCACGCUGGAGCUCCAGGGGCCGAUGCUAGCGACCAGAGAGUCUAGACGGAAGCAAGCUCACACUUGUCUCCGCCUGGCAACAGGUAAAUGGAGGGACUGCUUCGUGGAUCUCCCGGCGAAGCGAGUCCCCCUGUUCACCGGGAAUGACCAGAACAGGAAGGAGAUCGCCACGGAGAUGGCACUCAAGCGGCUCCGUAACUCUCUUCAGAAGGAGAUGGGGCUCACCACGUUCAUGGACCGUGACGGCGGUCGGCUUCUCGCACGAUGGGAACCCCUCGCAAAAGUUGUGCCUCACCCUGGCAUGAGGGUUCCCUCAGUGGCCUGGAAUCAUGCUGCGCUGGCCGACCACGGAAUCAGCAAGGAGAAGGCCCAGCAGAUCGUGCAGGCCACUUUCCAGGCAGCGCUGGCUCACAGCGCCCCACAGAUGUACACCACCAUCCUUGUGGGCGACUUCAACAUCGCCGACGGCACAACCGAUCAUUCGACGGCUACGUCAUCUCGGAGGCGCGCCACUUCGCGUGCCGCCAAGCCUGGAGACGCCCUGUGGCGCUCCAUCUUCCGCAUGCUGGCGGAGUUGGGCUCGGAGCUGCCCACUCAUUGGGAUGAGGGCACGCAGUCCGCAGUGAAAAUCGACAGGGCUCUCCCUCUUGCUCUCCGCUGGGCCCCAGUAUUCGAGACCACUAAAUCCGUCCCCCACAAGGCCGCUCCUUAUCUGACCAAGUUCGCCACUUCAACCGACUUCACCGAUAUCAGGCCCCCUGUGGUUGCGGACGUACGGCGAUUUCUUGGGCAAGCGAAUUGGGCUGCACCUGGCCCUGAUGGGCUACACUAUUUUCCGUGGAGCAUCGGAGCGGGCCCCGUGGCGCUGACUGAGGUCCUCAACUGGCUCCUGCAGGGCCACCCCAUGGGCAGCGACUUCACGGCGCUGCUCUCCGCGUUCCUCCCGAAGCCCCUCAAGGCGGUGUUCAUGGCUAUCAUCCAACGGUCCACCUUCCCACCAUCUCUCUUGGACCUUAUCCAGAGGAGAGUGAAGAGGAAUUUUGGCUUCUACGUCAAUGACAUGAACAUCUUUGCAGACAUCUUAAAUGGUGCACCAACGGCAUGGAUCAGUGUUGCCCUCAAAUCAUGGACAGGAGCGUGGAUCACUAAUACACGAAUGCAACGUGAGGCAGGGUGCAUCUACGGAUGCAGCGGGGCUUCGGACCGCAUCGCGCACUAUAUUUGCGACUGCCCACGGCUGCGCCAUUUUGCAGCGCUGGCUCUGCGCUCUGACCUGCCAUGCUCAGUUCAAGGUCGGCUGGGACUUCUACCUGAGGGCUCGCUUGCAUUCCUGAUCGCGAUGUACCAUCACUACCGAUUGGUCCCCCACAAGUUCGGCUCCCCUCCAUCAUACCCAGAGGCGGCAAAGCUAGUGGAAGCCACUCGACUGGCAGUACGUCUCCCGCUGCGCGGCAAGCAGCUGAAGUGGAUCGCGAGGGCAGCUCUCCACCAUCACGUCCUGCGAGCACGCCAAGUCAUCGACGAGAUCAAGCUGCCCUGGGAGCAGGACGAGUUGACCCCCCAGCAGGCCUUCCAGGUUAUCCUCGACGCAGCGCCGGCGGCGCAGCAGCGCGCCGUCAGCAGGGACGGCUUCCUGCUCGGCUUCGAGGCCCCAGAGGUGCUUGCUGGGCAGCUAGACGCCGACCGCUCCAAGGAGUUCGACGACAUCUGGGGCUCCUCCGAGCGCGCGCCGUCCUACGUGGCGCUCGCGAAGCAGGCGGGCUCCAGUGACUGGCUGCUGCGCUCGCAGGAGCCGCUGCCCGACGGCGGCGUCGUCGUGCGGCGCGAGGAUCUGAAGCGGGUGCCGCCGCGGGUGGGCGCCCAGUGGGUCCGCAUGCAGCUGCACACGCUGGAUACGGGCUGGGGCCGCGAGGAGCUGCGGCGCAUGCUGCUCCGCUACGCAGGCGCACGCCUGAUGCUCCCGCAGGCUGGCACGCCAGUCGGCUGGCUGGCCUGCGUGUGCAGGCAUUGGGCCGCCCGCGCGGAGGCGCUGGGGGAGGAGCAGGUCGCAUAUGAAGAGCUCCGCCAGGCCAUCGGCGAUGGGCGCCUCCCUGUCGCGGGCGCGUCGGUGUGCGGCGAGAUCGCGCCGCAGGGCGUGACCUUGGGGGGCCUUGACCAGAGGCGCACCGCGCGCCACGGCCACACGGCCAGCUGCUGCCUGAUCAGCUACGAGCCGCGGGGGCUUGUGGCGGACGAGACGCAGCAGACGCCCGAGUAG